CUUGGUAUCACUAAUGUUUAAGUUUCUAGUAUUAAACCCGUCCACAAAAUCAGAUGAGAUUAUCAAGAAGGCUAAUAUACAACAUAAGAAGAACGAGUUUGAGCUGGUAAUUCUCUUGGACAAGCUAGACAAUCCAGUCGAAAAGCUUGAUGUUCCAUCUUACUACCCAAGUCUCGAAGAUGAUAAAAGCAUCAGUGUUGACACAAACUUAAUUGGAGUGAAUGGGAUUCUCAAAUUGAACUCCGGUGUUACCAUUGCAUUUAUGGAUAAUGUGGAAGUGUCAUUCAAUGGGAAAAUUGAUAUUCUUAUCCUUAAACAGUGGCCUUCUAAGUUGUCCAAUUUAAUAAAGAAAGACACCGUGAGCAUAGAUUUUACUAUUGAUAAUUUAAUUACCAGAUUCAGACCCCGGUACAUAUUUGCAAGUGGAGAAUUCCAUGAAUACGGCCCGUUCAGGUGGGAAAGUGGAGCAGUGAGCCGUUUUGUCAGCUUGAGUAAAGAAGGUGAAGGUAAAUGGUUUUAUGGGUUCAACUUCCCAUUAGUACCCACAGAAGUGGCGUCACAAGAUCUCAUGGAUAACCCAUUUAUUGAGACUCUUCUGGUCAAAAGAAGAGUUGACCAAGGCGAAAACAGCGAGUCUUUACCAAAAAGAGCAAAGGUCUCACCGCAGAACUGCUUCUUUUGUCUAUCCAAUCCCAAUGUUGAAACCCACAUGAUCAUCACCAUCGGACAACUAGUGUAUAUGACAGUUGCCAAGGGGCCAUUGACACGGUCGAAUGCCUCUAUGCCAUUUUCGGGCCACGGAAUCAUCACUCCUGUGGACCAUAUGUCAAAAAACACCAAGGAAGUUGAUGCUGAGAUGAACGAAUUCGAAGUCAAACUAUUCCACAAGUUCAAACAAAACUAUCCUGACUUUGUGCUAGUGGUUUUUGAUUUGAACCUUGAGAAGAACGUUCAUUAUCAUAGGCAAUUUUUGCCCAUACAUAAUAAGUUCCUUGAAGAGGAUAAAUUCUCCAAGGUGUUGGAGGAGAAGGCUCAAACCAACAACGAGAAAUAUAACAAAAACCACAAAUUGGAGUUCAAGAAUGUCGAUGCAGUGGACGUAGAUUCACAGUACAUCAGCUUCAAAGUAUACAAGGAUGAGGUUCCGGUGGUGUACCAAAGUACUAUCGAAGAUGACAGUAAAAUCAUCGAUCUACAGUUCCCUAGAAGAGUAUUGUCAUAUAUUAUAAGGAGUCCCAAGCGUUUGUAUUGGGAUAAAUGUCAACAGCCCAAGUUCAAGGAAACUCAAGACUGUGAAGAGUUCAAAAAGUUUUUCACCUAAGUUUGAGCUUCCAUCUCACAUCUUUUGCAGGUACAGAUGAAAAACCACUCACUCAACUCCUUUCUUCGGAUAUUGACUGGUUCCUCUAAAUAGUUCCCGUAGUCAAUGCACAAUUCGUCAUUUUU